AUGAUUUAUAACACUCAUCCUGAAUCGCUCCCUGAAAUGGCCAGAGUCGUAAGGAUGUCAUCACCUUACGAAGAUUUUGACAAAUGUCGGUCCGGUUGGCCAAUUCGACCCGGUUGCGAUCAUUUGAUCGGUUUCGGUAUCUAUACUGCUCUGGCGAUUUUGAAUCUUAUGCUCGCAUGUAUGCCAAGGGGUGUUUCGUAUCGAAGAGUAGGAAACCUCCCAGUGAAUUUCUUUGUGGCUAUCAUCUGCAAAUUUAUUCUUAUUGCUGUGUCCAUAUCGUUCAUAUUUUAUUCGUUCUAUGUCCAUAAAUACAGUCACACACUGAUGGCAUUCUCUAUCGCUAGAGUGAUUCAUUUAAAAUGCCAAUUCGUGUUUUACAUGAUGGAUUUCGUCCCCACCAUUUUGAUUAGGGUUGGCUCUACUAUGUGUUUAAUCCGACUAUUGCGAAGUGAAAAUCGCCAAUGCAGUAAAAACAUGGUCGAAUUUCUCACGAAAGAUUACCUUGAUUCUACCAUAUGUUUGGCCAAAGAAAAGCUUGUCCCUACAGUUGCGCCAACUGAGCGUGGUUCGCACAUCUGCCUCUCUUUCUCUCGAUGGCAUCUUCUCGGAAAACCGGUCUUGUUCUUCGAGUCAUGGACAGAGGUACCAGCUCAGUGA